AUGGCGACAAUGCCAGGACUGGUCCUUUUGGCAAUCGUGGCUGCCGCGGACGGAACUGGGACCACGUCCGCCGGGUCCUGUUACAACAUGACGACGCACGCAGUGUCCUGCAAUAUGGCAGAGGUCGACUGCUCGUCUCCGCACAUGUGGUACGGUCCCGGCUACGUCUCCCCGCGCAGUGGCUGCUGCCAUUGCGAGGCAUCCUGUGCCAACACAUCGGGGAACUGCACCUACUACGAUACAGUGGAGGACCCUCAGGAGAACUGGGGUUGCUAUGAGCAUGCUGCCCGCCAGUGCGAUUGUCUUGUGUCGGAAGCAGGGUGCACAGCCAAAGGCGCAGGCCACACAUGGACAUCUGGAUGCACUUCCUGUGCCUCACAAGGCUCUUGCUACGACAUGACAUCUCACGCAAUCAGCUGCGAUGUUCCUGCGACAUCGUGCUCGUCACCGAACAUGUGGUAUGCACCGGGCUACGUCUCCCCGCGGAGUGGGUGCUGCCACUGCAGGGCGUCCUGCAAGGAUCCGGCGGACAACUGCACAUACAGUGACGCGGAAGCAGAGACGGAG